AUGGCCACCAAGAAUGAUAAUCCAAACUUCUACGACUGCCUGAUCAUUGGGGCCGGUAUAUCAGGCAUCAAUGUAGCGUAUCGAUUACAAGAACAAUCGCCUAAUCAGUCAUAUGCAAUCCUCGAGGCUCGAGACUCGCUCGGUGGCACAUGGGAUCUUUUCAAAUAUCCUGGAAUCCGCAGUGAUUCAGAUAUGUACACCUUCGGCUUCGAAUUCUACCCAUGGAAAGAAUACCGCACGAUGGCCGAUGGAGCAUCCAUCAAAGAGUAUCUGAAUGAUGCUGCAAACACGUUCGGCAUUGACAAACAUAUUCAUUACCGACACAAAGUCCUGUCUGCGAAUUGGUCUACAGAUCAACAAAACUGGAGUUUCAAAGUUGACUCACCAGAUGGUCAGAAGAACAUGCGCUCCCGCUUUGUUGUGUUCUGUACCGGAUACUACGACUUCAAUGAGGCAAUGCCUGCUACGAUCCCCGGUAUCGAGAACUUCCAAGGAAAAGUCGUCCAUCCACAGUUCUGGCCCGAGGACUUGGACUACGCAAACAAAAACGUCGUCAUCGUCGGUAGCGGAGCUACUGCUGUGACUCUUCUUCCCAACAUAGCUAAGAAGACAAAGAAUGUCGUUAUGCUUCAGCGAAGUCCGACCUAUAUUGCUGCAGUUCCACAGAGAGACAAUCUCUCUUACUGGCCCGCACGGUUCUUACCUCUCAGCUGGACUUCUAAGCUCAGACGCUUCCAAUUCUUGAUCUUGCCGUUCAUAUUUUUCAAGUUUUGCAAAGCAUUCCCUGAUCGUGCCAGAAAGCUUUUGCAGAAGGGAGCUGCGUCCCAACUUCCGGAAGGCUAUCCUAUCAAGCCAAACUUCGAUCCAAGCUACAGCCCAUGGGAUCAGCGGCUAUGUGCUUCUCCAGAUGGAGAUUUUUACAAAGCCAUCAAAGAUGGACAAGCUGAGGUUGUAACAGCUCACAUAAAGCAAGUCACGGAGAAGAGCAUUCAUCUUGAAGACUCUGACCGUGUCUUGACCCCCGACAUAAUCGUCACCGCUACCGGCUUGAAACUCAUCAUGGCAGGAGGUGCCAAGAUGUCUGUUGACAAUGAACCCGUUGAGAUACCACAGAAGCAUCUCUGGAAAGGUGCUAUGAUAGAAGAUGUCCCCAAUGCUGCUAUCGUCCUUGGUUACACGAAUGCCUCCUGGACUCUAGGCUCGGAUGCAACGGCACAAUUCGUCACUCGCCUGUUGAACCACAUGGAGAAGAACAGCCUGUCGCAAGCAGUGCCCAGAGUGAACAAGAACUCUGGCAUGCAAGACCAGUCGGUUCUGAAUCUCAGCUCCACAUACAUCGUCAAGGCGGAGGGCAAUCUACCAAAAGCAGGAAACAAAGCACCAUGGCUGCCGCGGUCCAAUUAUCUGAGAGAUCUCUGGGAUAUGAAGUUUGGCAGUAUCACGCACGACAUGCAAUUUUCGAGGAUCUCGACAUAG